CUGACCCAACCGACAUGACAUUUAAACUGACGAUUUGACGGAGUUCCGCGAGACGGCGCUCCACGACGGACGAGGACUGACGAACCAACGGACGGCGACAGAACGAGAGUGGACGUGGACACGUUAACACGUAAUAAAGUAGAGAGUCCAAAGUAUUGAGCGUUUUUUUGAGUGAAUCGAGUGAAAAUGAGGAGGUCUACAGCUUCAGGUGUGGGGUACAGUAGGCCCACAGUGGAGGAGAUGAGACAAGCCUUGAUGGACAUAGGAGAGAAUCUGCCCUCCACAGUAUCUCCCAUGCAAAUUCGAGCGCUUUUUGAGAGGGUCAUUGGAGUGACGCCAUCACACGCGGGAGAGUCUGCAGUGAACAAGGGAAAAAAUCAAGAUGCAAAAGAUUCCGGAGUGAGCGCCCCAUGGAAAGCACGAGAAAUUCCUAUAAAUUUUGCAGUGAGCUCCGAUGAGGAAAAUUCUGUGGAUGAGCAAGCAGCGGCGGCUGCCAAAUUCAAAUUGGCCGUUAAAGAGCGAGUGACGCCAACAUUGCAAAUGGAAAAUUCCAUUGAGAGUUCGACCCCGAAUCUUCUAGAAAAACCAGUUGAUGAUGAAAAACAACAAGCUACCAUCAAUGAAGGCGCGAUUCGUACAACACUAGUGAAAUUAUUGAGUGAAUUGAGUGUUCCAAAACAGGAUAUUGGAGUCAAAUGUACAUUCCAAGACAUUGAGAAUGCAGUAGAGGCUUUCACAGGCGAUGAUGGCUUCAGAGUGCAGCAGUGGAUAGAAGAUUUCGAGGCAAUUUGUGAUGAUUUUGCCGUAUCUGACAGAUCCCGUCUUGUAUUUGCUCGACGCCUUAUCAAGAGUGGGCCAGCAAGGGAUCUAAUUCGUAGUGGAAGAUUCAAAACCUGGGCGGAACUGCGGGAAGCACUGAGGGAUGAAUUUGGCCAGGAAUUGACAGUGCGAGAGAUAUUGGAUAAGAUGAGAACACGCAAGAAGACAUCAAAUGAGACUUGUCACCAGUAUGUCUUGGCGAUGCAGGCCUUGGUGUCAGGCUAUCCAAUACCUGAGGAGGAUGUGAUCUGCGCAAUUCUUGAGGGGCUUCAGGACAAGUCCACGAAUAUCUCAAUCCUCGCAGGGUGCAACACAAUUGAUGAUUUGAAAAGGAAUCUGCGCAGAUACGAGAGACAGUUGAUGAGUGCAACUCCAGCGGUGCAGAGAAUUGAGAAAUUGCCUGUCAAAUCAACGGCAAAUGCCCAGGAGAUCCGCUGUUACAACUGUUCAGAGAGAGGACAUUUUUCCUCGGAAUGUUCCAAGCCCAGGAGCGAGAGAGACACCUGCUUCAAGUGUAAGAAGGCUGGUCAUCAGAUUAAGCAGUGCCCACUUUACAAGACCAAGGGAGCAGCAGGAGUAUCAGCGGCAGCAGAGGAAUCCAACGAGGCAGGGAUUAGCUCAGAUGACGUGACUUAUGACGUGAAAGUUUUUCAGAAGCCCAAUCAGUAUGAUCCAGAGAUCUAGAGUGCCGGACAAAUUUGUCCCCAAUGAUAAAGCUAAAGUUCUUCCAUACAAAGGACUGAGUGGAG